AAAUGUGCUGUGCUUAUUUUCAACAUUUAUUAAUAUGACGCUGUUGUGAAAGAGAUGAGAGUAUUUCGCUUUGCUUGGGGCGAUAAAACUGUUCCUAUUGCCAGCUUUUAACUCGUUUCAUAGGACAUUCAGAAAAUUCAUUGCAGUAAGGAUCUGCUUGUGGGCAGUGUGCUCUUUCCAUUGUCGUUCGGAUAUUUUGCAAGACCGCAAUGUUUGUCGGCGGUUGAGGUUAUGUUGAGUUUAGGGCACGGGAAUGGGGGCAGUGAAUGAAAGAAAGCUGCGAGACAUUGACUGCAUUGGUAGUUAACGUAGUUGACCUCAAGAGAAUGUUGAUUAGGUUAAAAUUGUUGCCUAGUAUACCCUCAUUCUAAGAAUUUCAAUGGAGUAGGUUUAUAUUUACAGAUACGGAACAAUAAUAACAAAUAGAAAUGAGAUCCAUGAUGAAAUCAGGAGUAGAGUACAUUCGGAAAACGAUUGUUUUUUUUUCCAAUUCAAAAACUUAUCAUCCCGUUUGAUACCUAGAACUCAAAAAUCAAGACAUGUAAAACAAUAAUAUUGCCAGUUGUCUUCUAUGAUUGUGAAACAGUCUUUUAUCUUGAAGAAAGAAUUUAGAUUACAAGUGUUUGAAAACUAGGUGCUCUGGAAGAUAUUAAGACCUAGGAAGAAUUAAAUAAAUGGUGGGGAGUUGCAUGAAUUGUACAGAUCACCAAGCAUAGUGAGGAUGUAAAAUAUGGGAGGCUCCGAUUAGCUGGACAUAUGGCACAUAUGGAGGCAAGGGGUGCAUACAGAACUUUGGUGGGAAAUCCUUCUGGAUAACGACCAGUCGACAGACCAAGAAGGAGACAGGAGGAUAAUAUCUAGGUAGAUCUUACGGAUGUGGGCUGUGAGGAUGGAAAAUGGAUUGAGUUGGCUCAGGAUCAUGUCUUCUGGCAGGCUUUGGUGUUGUAAGUGUUAGACCUGCAGGUUCUGGUACACAUGUCAUUCUGAGAAGAUAAGGAACUUCACUCAAAUCACUCGUAAUGAAAUAUAAGCCACUUCUCGUCAGUUCAUGGUCUUAAUGCAAAUUAUUGUGAUCACAGGAGAGGACUGAGUUGGACAUGUGCUUUGUUUUGAUAAAGAGCCUUGAUGCUCACUGUCCAAGAAACUACACAUUUUAUAUGCAUAUGUAUGCAUGCAGGAUAACUGGAUAUUUUGGAUGCAAAUACUUUUUGCACUUGUUGUACGAGCUUAAUACAAGAGGCUAGCUUGAUGCUUGAGAUUCUGCUGAUUUGGAAAUUGUGUUUCACCUGUAUUUUUGCUUGCCUGAAGAACAGUGUAUUAUGUGCAGCAACACUUGGCAAGCAGAUGUGAUAUCACAACAGGAAUUUGACUGUAAACUUGACUUGUGUUACUAAGAAAUCUGACAGCACUAGUCUGACUUGACAUACAUUGCGUGCGCAUACCGUACUACGUACUUGUUGUGGAGACGCCAUUUUGCGUAUUGUCGACUGCAGCGCCACCACUGAUUACCUACAAGACCUAUGGAAAAAAGGGUCGACAUCAAGCUUCCUACCAGUCGAGGGAAGUGGAUGGACCUACAAGGAAGGCGGCAAUGGUGAGUGCUGUCAGUAUCAGCGGUGAAGAAAAACUGAUCGCUGACUCACUUCAUAGGCAGCAUAUAUAAACGACCUGAUGAAUGGCCGGGGAUGUGCCAGGUUGGUGCCCGACAGUCGCCAGUGGACCUGGAUCCUAAAACAGCUGUUCCUGGUCAUUUUGAGUCGCUGGUUCUUCUCAACUAUGACAGGAAGACAGUUGGGAAUGUGACUAAUAAUGGACACACUUUGAUGCUGACUUUUGAACAGCCCUGUGAAAUGGUUAUGGCAGCAGGUGGUUUGCCUGCUGUGUACCGUCUGGAACAGAUACACUUUCAUUGGAGAUCUGAACACACUUUUCAAGGAAAGAGAUGUCCUCUAGAAAUGCAUAUGGUGCACUAUGAUCGUCAGUUCAAAAAACUUGGCGAUGCUGUAAAAUUUAAUCAGGGUUUGGCCGUGCUUGCAGUGUUAUUCUAUGAAACAAAGGAACCAAAUACAGUGCUCCAGCCCUUGUUGGAAUUCAUGCCUGAAGUGAGUCAAACAGAGGGAAUCCCAUACAAGUUAUCCCAACAUGUAACACUCCAGAAUUUAUUGCCUGAUGAACUAAAUUACUUCUAUCGUUAUGCUGGAUCACUCACAACACCAAACUGUGAUGAAUCAGUUGUGUGGACAGUUCUAGCACAACUUGUACCUAUUGGAGUACAGCAGGUGGCACAGUUUCACAAGGUUCAGUCACACCAUGAACCACUCACAUCCAACUUCAGACCAAUCCAAACGGUGAACAAGCGGCAGAUCUACUUGCAGCAACCUUCCGAAAGAUAUCAAGAAAUAUCAGCUGCCUCCAGUGUAUAUGAAUCUUGUUUUAUUGUAAUUGUAUUGAGUACAUUCAGUAUAACUCAUUGACUUUUUCUUCAUAGUUAACUUAGUCUGGAUGUAAUAAUACCAGGAAUAAAGAAAAACUCAAUUCCCA